AUGGCUCUCCCCUCCAACGCCUCCUCCGUACCCGCUACUGUCUCCGACGCCGACGAGUUCACGCUCCCGCCCUUGGCUCUCCGGGCGCUCCCACACCUCUCCGACUACCUCCCGAACCCCCCCGCCCUCACCAACCCCAUCGACCGUAACCCCUUCUACCGCCCCUCCGACGGCUUCUACAUCGCUCCCUCCGACUUCAUCCUUCGCCACAUCCUCUUCGACCUCUCCUCCCCCUCCGCCGUCGGAGAUCUCCUCGUUGCCUACCACCGCGCCGGGCCCCGCCGAACCAUCCGCUUCGACCCGGCGGACGUGCGGGCGGCCAUCGUCACCUGCGGCGGGCUCUGCCCGGGGAUGAACACGGUGAUCAGGGAGCUGGUGGUGGGGCUGUGGGAGCUCUACGGCGUCCGGCACAUCUUCGGCGUGCCGUCGGGCUACCGGGGGUUCUACUCGGCCGAGCAGCUGCCGCUGGACCCCAUGAUCGUGCACGGCUGGCACAAGAUGGGCGGCACGGCUCUCGCCACGUCCAGGGGCGGAUUCGACCUCGAGAAGAUCGUCGAUGCCAUCGAAGCGCGCCGUUUCAACCAGGUAUACUGCAUUGGAGGCGACGGAACCAUGAAAGGCGUGGUUAAGAUUUACAAAGAGAUUCAGCGUCGCAAGCUCAAUGUAUCGGUAACCGGAAUUCCGAAAACAGUAGACAACGACAUCGGCAUCAUAGACAAGUCAUUUGGAUUCCAGACGGCCGUCGAGAUAGCGCAGCAAGCGAUCAGCGCAGCCCAUGUGGAGGCCGAGAGCGCCGUGAACGGCGUCGGGCUUGUGAAGCUGAUGGGCAGGAGCACCGGGCACAUUGCACUGCAUGCCACGUUGAGCAGCCGCGACGUGGACUGCUGCUUGAUCCCUGAGAACGACUUCUUCUUGGAAGGGAAAGGUGGACUCUUCGAGUUCCUCGACCAGAGGUUGAAGCAGAAUGGGCAUGCCGUCGUUGUGAUAGCCGAGGGAGCAGGACAGGGUUUGAUACCACGAACGGAUGCCGAGGAGGAGAAGGAUGAGUCAGGCAAUCCGGUGUUUCUGGAUGUAGGAACGUGGCUGAAAUCUGAGCUGAACAAGUGGUGGGAGGUAGAACAUGCGGGACAACUGUUCACAGUGAAGUAUAUCGAUCCCAUGUAUAUGAUACGGGCAGUGCCGGCUAAUGCAACAGACAACCUAUACUGCACCAUAUUGGCUCAUUCUGCAAUCCAUGGAGUGAUGGCAGGGUACACUGGAUUUGUGGCUGGCCCAAUAAAUGGUAACUAUGGCUACAUCCCGGCGGAGGAGGCGGCAGUCGUAAGGAAUGUGGUGGACACAAGAGAUCACAAAUGGGCGUGGGUACGAACAGUGACAAAUCAACCUGAUUUUGUGAAGAGCUAAAUGCUAUGAUCUUCG